AGUUCAUUCCCCAAGCCCAUCCCUCGGGUUUCAGUACCUCCAGUUUCGUUGUUUUGCCGACAGGGCGGAGCUAUGGAAGGGUUGGAGGGGGUUGUUGUUCUCUACGUUUGGAAAAACAAGAGUGGCACCUCCUCUUCCGUGAGUCGGCCUGCCCUGGGAAGGGCUGAGACUAACCAAAGGGCCAAGUACAGGUGACAUCAGGGUGAGAGGGCACGCAGAGGCUGACCUCCCUCUUUUCCUGAGAAUAAUAAAGCUGGCUGGUCCCGACUUGACCAACCUCUCUGUCAAGACCCAGAUCAAUUCAACUAAUUUUUAUUGAGCAUCUACUAUGUACAAGGCUCUGGGCCAGGAGCUGGAGGGUCAAGGACUUCCAGCCUGUGUUUCUCAGUUUGUCUUUUCCCUCCCCAACCUGAGACCAACAGGGCAUCUCCCACCUUCUGAGCUUCCUGUCCUGGGAGUCCUUCCUAAAUCCCCAGCUUCUCCCACACCUACAGUCUGUUUAUUGUCGGACUCUGUCCCCUGGAGUCUAGACAAGAGUCACAUUGCUCAUGGGUUCCUCCACCUCCCAUCCAUCCGAGCCCACCCCCUUGGGGUGUCUCUGGGACCAUGGACACCUGAGAGUGCUGGUGUUGCUCGCAUUGGAGGAAUCCUGUUGAUCUCUUCCCCUCCCCCAGAUCUCAGCUUGGGGUUUGGCACAGCCAGGGCCUCUUCCCCGGAGUGGGAGUGGGAGAAACACCUGUGCUUCCCCCACAGUUGCUGGGCCUAAAUUUAGACCUGGGAUCUUGAAUGUGAAACUCCCAGCUGGUGGAGGGCGGGGGUCUGGGGACUGGAGUGGGAGGGACCAAAUAGAAUGCAUCAGGGUCCCAUCCAGACUCUCAGAAUCUUCCCCCAGGAACCCAGGAGUCCCAGAUCCUGGCCACCUUCCCUGAAGGAGACAGGAGGCAGGCAUGGUUGGGUUUCUUUACCCUUUAUCUGGAUCCUGCAGCCUCUGGGCAUCCGGCCCUGUCUCAGUCCUUCUAUAGUCCCUUUGUCCUGGCUGUGAUGGGGGUGGGGGAUAUUGGAGAGGAGGCCUCUGGUUGAGGAGGGGCUGGAGAUUCCUGGUCUGACCCACCCCAGUGCUCUCUACCAAAGGAGCGCCCAGGCCCCUCCCUAGGCCCCUGGUGCCUGGGUACAGCAGGGAUUUUUAUUAUUCCUUCCCCCCUGCCCUCCUCCCCAAGCUGCUUGUUCUCCUUAGAGGUGGUUUUCACGUUCUUUUCCUGAGCAGGCCCUUUGCUCCCUGUUUGUGUAAUAUGGACUUUACCCUCAGGGUGGCAGAGAACGGGGCCUCUAACACUGUAGCCUUCCGGACACAGACACAGAGUCUACACAAACACUAUAAAGGCAGGUGGGAUGGAUGGGGCCACCUGAAAUACUUCCUUAUAAGGAAACCCAAGGACAGAACCAGUAUGGAUUUCUGGGCCAGUGGGGGAGCUGGGCACACGCUUGUCUAUGUGUGUGUGUGUGUGUGUGUGAGUGUAGGUCGCACAUGAAUGUACACAAACACAUCACAUACCCCAUUUCUCUGUGCAGUAAUCUUGGCUCCUUCCUUAUCUGGGGAGAAGGAUUGGCGCCUUGACUUGGAAGAGGGGGUGUCCUGCCAGGAAGGGGUUUAGGGUGGGGCUGUUCCCUAAAUGACUAACCUUCCUAGUUUCUUUCCUUUCAGCCCAAGGACCCUAGAGUUCCCAGGCUCCUCUGCGAGCUCCCAGCCCGUUUACCCCUCUGCUGGGUCUAGCCUACCCCCUUCCUUCGCAUUGUGGGGAGCCAUAGGGAAUGGGAGCCCUCAAAGGUCAAGUGGUCAGCCUAGGGGUGUAUCUAGGAGGAGGGGUUGGGGCCUCACUAAUCUCCCUUCCUCCAUUCCCACUCCCGCCUCCUACUAAACUGCCAGCGCCUCAGGGAAGGGUGGUUGGAACAGGUGGUAUCUACCCCCCACCCUCCCCAUAGUCUUUCAGUGAGCAGAGGAAAGAGACAGAGGUAGGGCCUCAGGGACCAAGAUUUCGCACAGCCCCUGUAUCCUCCAUACUUACAAGGUCAAGUGAACCCCCAAGACUGGCAUACCUCAUGAGGAUUGCCAUGUUGGAAAGCUUUUUAAUGAAUCUUUUGACAAUGAAAUCGGGUGGAAGGCUUAGAAUGGGGGCAAUCCUCUGCUGUUUCCCUCCAGGCUACGGUGUAUUGACUGGAAAAUGUGAGGCCGAGGACCUGGGGUGUGUUGGGAUAGGGGAAGGGAAAAGGGAAGCCAGAGUUUAGGAAGGGGGGUGCGGGGUAGGCAACCAGCUCCUUAUCUUUCAGCUUCAAAGACAAAGCUCACAUUGACCCCCUCUCCCCACCAGAGCUCCCCCUCUAGUGAGGUCACUUGCCUGAGCCUAAGGCUUGUGGGUGGAGGGGGGCGGGUGCUACUGAGGACAGGGUGUCUCGGGACAGGGUGGAGCAGCCCCCUCCUCCUAGAUAGAAUUGCCUCAUUGUGGGCUGAACUGUGGCCCUGGGCACUGCCCCCACCCUCUGCCCCCAUCCCACCCUCAGUAGACACAAUAGGGGCUGUGUGCUAGCCCCAAAGAGAUAUUUAUUCCAGGACCUAGAGAGAGGCAGGAUGGGGUAGAGAAUGUGUCCUGGGACUCUGAAUGGGCUGAGUGUGACGGGCGAUGCCGAGAACCAAUACCAGACAUUGUACAAGCUCUACGAGAGGUGCGAGGUGGUGAUGGGGAACCUUGAGAUUGUGCUCACAGGACACAAUGCUGACCUCUCCUUCCUGCAGUGGAUCCGAGAAGUGACCGGCUAUGUCCUCGUGGCCAUGAAUGAGUUCUCUACGCUGCCACUGCCCAACCUCCGGGUGGUGCGGGGGACGCAGGUGUACGAUGGGAAGUUUGCCAUCUUUGUCAUGUUGAACUAUAACACCAACUCCAGCCAUGCUCUGCGCCAGCUCCGCUUUACUCAGCUCACUGAGAUUCUGUCAGGGGGCGUUUAUAUUGAGAAGAAUGAUAAGCUUUGUCACAUGGACACAAUCGACUGGAGGGACAUCGUGAGGGACCGAGAUGCCGAGAUAGUGGUGAAGGACAAUGGCAGGAGCUGUCCCCCGUGUCAUGAGGCCUGCAAGGGGCGAUGCUGGGGUCCUAGCCCAGAAGACUGCCAGACAUUGACCAAGACCAUCUGUGCCCCUCAAUGUAACGGUCACUGCUUUGGGCCCAACCCCAACCAGUGCUGCCAUGAUGAGUGCGCAGGAGGCUGCUCAGGCCCUCAGAAUACAGACUGCUUUGCCUGUCGACUCUUCAAUGACAGUGGGGCCUGUGUACGCCAGUGUCCACAGCCUCUUGUCUACAACAAGCUAACUUUCCAGCUGGAACCCAAUCCCCACACCAAGUAUCAGUAUGGUGGAGUUUGUGUAGCCAGCUGUCCUCAUAACUUUGUGGUGGAUCAAACGUCUUGUGUCCGGGCCUGUCCUCCCGACAAGAUGGAAGUAGAUAAAAAUGGACUUAAGAUGUGUGAACCUUGUGGGGGCCUGUGCCCCAAAGCCUGCGAGGGGACAGGCUCUGGGAGCCGCUUCCAGACUGUGGACUCUAGCAACAUUGAUGGAUUUGUGAACUGCACCAAGAUCCUGGGCAACCUGGACUUUCUUAUCACUGGCCUCAAUGGAGACCCCUGGCACAAGAUCCCUGCCCUGGACCCUGAGAAGCUCAGUGUCUUCCGGACAGUACGGGAGAUCACAGGUUACCUGAACAUCCAGUCCUGGCCUCCGCACAUGCACAACUUCAGUGUCUUUUCCAACCUGACAACCAUUGGGGGCAGAAGCCUGUACAACCGGGGUUUCUCUUUGUUGAUCAUGAAGAACUUGAAUAUAACAUCUUUGGGCCUCCGAUCUUUGAAAGAAAUUAGCGCUGGGCGUAUCUACAUAAGUGCCAAUAGGCAGCUCUGCUACCACCAUUCUCUGAACUGGACCAGGCUGCUUCGGGGGCCUCCGGAGGAGAGACUAGACAUCAAGCAUAAUCGGCCCCGCAGGGACUGCGUGGCAGAGGGCAAAGUGUGUGACCCCCUGUGCUCCCCUGGGGGGUGCUGGGGCCCAGGUCCCGGUCAGUGCCUAUCCUGUCGAAACUACAGCCGAGGAGGUGUCUGUGUGACCCACUGCAACUUUCUGAAUGGGGAGCCUCGUGAGUUUGCCCACGAGGCUGAAUGCUUCUCCUGCCACCCGGAGUGCCGACCCAUGGAGGGGGCUGCCACAUGCAAUGGCUUGGGCUCCGAUGCUUGUGCUCAGUGUGCCCAUUUUCGAGAUGGGCCCCACUGUGUGAGCAGCUGCCCCAGUGGAGUCCUCGGUGCCAAGGGCCCCAUCUACAAGUACCCAGAUGCUCAGAAUGAAUGUCGGCCCUGCCACGAGAAUUGCACCCAGGGGUGUAAGGGACCAGAGCUACAAGACUGUUUAGGUCAAACACUGGCACUGAUCAGCAAAACCCAUCUGGCAGUGGGUUUAACAGUGGUAGUAGGAUUGGCAGUGAUUUUCCUGAUCCUCGGAGGCACUUUUCUCUAUUGGCGUGGGCGCCGGAUUCAGAAUAAGAGGGCUAUGAGGCGCUACUUGGAACGGGGUGAGAGCAUAGAGCCUCUGGAUCCCAGUGAGAAGGCUAACAAAGUCUUGGCCAGAAUCUUCAAGGAAACAGAGUUGAGGAAGCUUAAAGUGCUUGGCUCAGGCGUCUUUGGAACCGUGCACAAAGGAGUAUGGAUUCCUGAGGGUGAAUCAAUCAAGAUUCCAGUCUGCAUUAAAGUCAUUGAGGACAAGAGUGGACGGCAAAGUUUUCAAGAUGUGACGGAUCAUAUGCUGGCCAUUGGCAGCCUAGACCACGCCCACAUCGUACGGCUGCUGGGACUGUGCCCAGGAUCAUCUCUGCAGCUCGUCACUCAGUACUUGCCUCUGGGUUCCCUGUUGGAUCACGUGAGACAACACCGUGGAGCCCUGGGGCCCCAGCUGCUGCUCAACUGGGGAGUCCAGAUUGCCAAGGGGAUGUACUACCUCGAGGAACAUGGUAUGGUGCAUAGGAACCUGGCGGCCCGAAAUGUGCUCCUUAAGUCACCCAGUCAGGUUCAGGUGGCAGAUUUUGGGGUGGCUGACCUGCUGCCCCCUGAUGAUAAGCAACUACUACACAGUGAGGCCAAGACUCCAAUUAAGUGGAUGGCCCUGGAGAGUAUCCACUUUGGGAAAUACACACACCAGAGUGACGUCUGGAGUUAUGGAGUGACAGUUUGGGAGCUGAUGACGUUUGGGGCAGAGCCCUAUGCUGGGCUACGACUGGCUGAAGUACCAGACCUGCUAGAGAAGGGGGAGCGAUUGGCACAGCCCCAGAUCUGUACCAUUGAUGUCUACAUGGUCAUGGUCAAGUGUUGGAUGAUUGAUGAGAACAUUCGUCCAACCUUUAAAGAACUAGCCAACGAGUUCACCAGGAUGGCCCGAGACCCACCACGGUAUCUGGUCAUAAAGAGAGAGAGUGGGCCUGGAAUUCCCCCUGGAGCAGAGCCCCCUGCUCUGACAAACAAGGAACUGGAGGAGGUGGAGCUGGAGCCAGAACUGGAGCUAGACCUGGACUUGGAGGCAGAGGAGGAUGGUCUGGCGGCCACACUAGGCUCUGCCCUCAGCCUGCCAAUUGGAACACUUAACCGGCCCCGUGGGAGCCAGAGCCUUUUAAGCCCAUCUUCUGGAUAUAUGCCUAUGAACCAGGGUAAUCUUGGGGAUACUUGCCAGGAGUCUGCAGUUUGUGGGAGUGGUGAGCGGUGCCCCCGGCCAGCCUCUUUACACCCAAUGCCACGGGGACGCCUGGCAUCGGAGUCCUCAGAGGGCCACGUGACAGGUUCUGAGGCUGAGUUCCAGGAGAAGGUGUCAAUGUGUAGAAGCCGGAGCCGGAGCCCACGGCCACGUGGGGACAGUGCCUACCAUUCCCAGCGCCACAGCCUGCUCACUCCUGUCACCCCACUCUCCCCACCAGGGUUAGAGGAAGAGGAUGUCAAUGGAUAUGUCAUGCCAGACGCACACCUCAAAGGUACUCCCUCCUCCCGGGAAGGCACCCUUUCUUCAGUGGGCCUCAGUUCUGUCCUGGGUACUGAAGAAGACGAUGAAGAUGAUGAGUAUGAAUACAUGAACCGGAAGAGAAGGCGCAGUCCGACUCGUCCCCCUAGGCCCAGUUCUCUCGAGGAGCUGGGUUAUGAGUACAUGGAUGUGGGAUCAGACCUCAGCGCUUCCCUGGGCAGCACACAGAGUUGCCCACUCAACCCUGUGCCCCUCAUGCCUGCUGUUGGCACAACCCCAGAUGAGGACUAUGAAUAUAUGAAUCGGCGACAUGGUGGAGGAGCUCCUGGGGGAGAUUACGCAGCCAUGGGGGCCUGCCCAGCAGCUGAGCAAGGGUAUGAAGAGAUGAGAGCUUUCCAGGGGCCUGGACACCAUGCCCCCCAUGUCCAUUGUGCCCGCCUCAAAACUCUCCGUAGUUUAGAAGCCACUGACUCCGCUUUUGAUAACCCUGAUUACUGGCAUAGCAGGCUUUUCCCCAAGGCUAAUGCUCAGAGAACAUAACCCCUGCUCCCUGAAGUACUCAGGGAGCAUUUCAUGGCAGCUAGUGCCUCUAGAAGGUACCCCUCUUCUCCCUAGUCCGUCCCUCACGGGUCUCAGUCCUAUUUCCCCAGUCCUAGACAAUUCCAUUCAACCUUUGGAGGCUUUUAAACACUUUUACACAAAAUUCUUGUGAGAUGUAGCCAGCUGUGCACUUUCUUCUCUUUCCUAAUCCCGGGAAAGGAGAUAUCCCCUAUUUUGUGUGCUUUCCCAAUCCCAUUCCUCUGCUUCCUCAGGGGGACUCCCUGGAGAUAUGAAGGAUUACUCCCAUGUCCCUUUCUCUCAGACUCUGACUUGUUGAGAUUAGGCUUUAAAGUGUGCUUUUGUUUCCCACCAGACUCCUAAGGAAGAGGAAAAGCGGGGUAACCUGGCAGGGAAAAGUAAAAUUUGGGGUGAUGACUCAACCCCCUGGGAAGAAUGGAAAGCUUCACAUCUUGAGUGAAGAGGUUGGGCAUAGAUAUUAAGGAGUACUAUUAACUGAGCAUUUACUAUGCCACCUAAUCCAAUUAGGUGGAUUAUCUCACCUAAUCCGUACAACAAUUCUGUGAGCUAGGUAUUAUCCCAUUUCACAAAUAAGGAAACUUAAGUAAAUUAAGUGGUGGGUCCAGGAUUCAGAAUCUUCCAGUGCAGGUUUGCUCACUGUAAGGUAUCAAGGCGAACUGAUACAAGUCAAAGUUCUUGUAAGGGGCAUUGUCUUCUUUUUGCACUGAAUCAAGUCUAACCCCAACAACCACAGCCUCCUCCUACACCCAGCCUUAUCAUCUCAGGAAGUGGGGGGGGAACGGGGUGGUCGGAAGGAAAAACAACUGGACAUUUUUGUGUAAACCAUAACCUGUAUGUGCUGUAAAUGAUCACUUCUUACCCAAGGGACAGAGUCACAAUUGUCCCAAGAGCCACUUUUAGGGUCUCUUCUCAUCCAGUAGUGGGAAACUUCAGUUGGGAUAGAAAGAGGACCCAGCUUCAGGCCUUUGUCCCUUUGGAUGGGAAAUGGGGUAUCUUGUAUUACUGAAGAUUUUUGUUUUGUUUUUAUACACACCUGAAUAAAAAUGCCGGUUUUUCAGC